AUGGAGAAAAAUGAUGAUAAUAUAUUCCAGAGACAAGCACAAGUUGUAGCCAAGACCAAAACCAAAGUAGGGAAGCCCCCCACAAGGCUACAAAAGAAAGCUCCAGCAACUCUUGAGGUUGCAAAUUAUGCCAAAACAUAUCACCUUAUGCUUUCCAAGGAGGCUUCUUCCCCUCUUACUCCAAUCCCUCUGCUAUCACCACUCAUCUUAUCACCACCUCUGUCACCGCAACAGGCAGAAGAAUUCAUGUUCCCUAUGAUAAGUGGUGGAGACAAGGGCAAGGAAGAGAAGAGAGGUGCAUACUGCGUGCCAGGAGGGUGGCAGCAUCCAGCUGCGCCCAAUGGUGGAUACAUGGAGCCAUCGUCCUUGUUUACAUUCUUCCAGUAUAAAUGCGUGCUUGUCAAUCAUGCAGAGUGA